GGGAGGGCCGGGAAGCCGGGCGUUGGUGGAGGGUGGCGUUGGGCUUCUGUCGCCGCGAAGCUGGCGGAAAAGGCAGUGGCCAGCGGGCCGCCUCGCCAGGUCCCACGACUCCCAGGGAGGUAGCCACCCGCUUCCCGGGCCACCCUUUCCCCCUUCCUGACCGGGGUCCGUGCCGGCCCCCCAGGUGCGGGAAGGUGGGACACGGUCCUUCCCCCGGACAAAAACGCUGCGCCUCGGGGCAUUGAACGGUUUUGUUUGAAAGGAAGCAGGAUAAAAAUAAGCGUUUCUCCAUUUAGGUGUGAAGAAAAAAAAAUGACACUCCAGUGGGCGGCAGUGGCAACCUUUCUUUAUGCCGAAAUAGGACUCAUUUUAAUCUUCUGCCUACCUUUUAUUCCUCCUCAGAGAUGGCAGAAGAUUUUUUCAUUUAAUGUCUGGGGUAAAAUUGCAACUUUUUGGAAUAAGGCUUUCCUUACCAUUAUCAUCCUAUUGAUUGUUCUAUUUCUGGAUGCUGUGAGAGAAGUGAGGAAAUAUUCCUCAGUUCAUACCAUUGAGAGGAGCUCCACCAGCAGACCUGAUGCCUAUGAACACACACAGAUGAAACUUUUUAGGUCUCAAAGAAAUCUUUACAUUUCUGGAUUUUCACUAUUUUUUUGGCUAGUGUUGAGACGUCUGGUUACGCUUAUUACUCAACUGGCGAAAGAACUGUCAAACAAAGGUGUACUUAAAACUCAAGCCGAAAAUACUAACAAGGCUGCCAAAAAAUUUAUGGAAGAAAAUGAAAAACUAAAACGGAUUUUGAAAAGCCAUGGUAAAGAUGAAGAAUGUGUUUUGGAAGCAGAAAAUAAAAAACUAGUACAAGACCAGGAGAAACUGAAAACUGAAUUAAGGAAGACUUCAGAUGCUCUUUCUAAGGCACAAAAUGAUGUGAUGGAAAUGAAGAUGCAGUCAGAGAGACUUUCGAAAGAAUAUGAUCAACUCCUGAAAGAACACUCUGAACUUCAGGAUCGUUUAGAAAGAGGCAACAAGAAAAGACUGUGAACUUUAUAAAAGACGCUUGCAAUAUACUGUGUCAAAAUGAUAAUUUUGUUAUGUUAGCCUCUAGGAAAUUUAAGUUCAGAAAAAUGCACUAUGACCAGUUCAUAAUUUUUUUUAAUGUCACACAUAGGUUAUAUUGUAAUGGCAUUAUCAAAAUAGUUGAUGAUGUUUCAGAAAUAUUGUGAAGUCUGUAUUCCAGCUCUUAAGAAAAAUACAAGCAUGUUAAAUACUGUAUUUACAUAUUGAUAAUGUCACUGAUAUAUGGUGGCUGUUUACCAAUAAAAGGAAAAAAUUCCUUGGCCGGUUACUUCCAAAAUUAGAAGUUUUAAGUUGCAUGAAACCAUUAAUAGCCUUGAAAGCUUUGAUGAGUUUUCAGUAAUGAUCACCUAUUUAAUCAGAUGAUGAUGUGUUUGAAAAUAGUGUUCAAUAUCAGCAAAUUUGUACACAGGGAAUGUAAAUAAGGAUAACUGAUCAGAGUUAUCCACCGUAUUUAUAAAGAAGAGUCAGAAAAAACAAUGACCUUAGUUUUUUUUAAGCCUGAUGAUACUAUGGUUUACUCUAAUAAGAUAGCUAUAUUGAUAAUUAUAUUUUUGUUAUUAUGCCGCUGCACAUUUUGGUCUGUUUUUUGUUGAUAUUUUUGUUAAUAACACAUAAUUAGUAACCACUCUACUGUUUCAAGUUAAUCUAGUAAUAGAGUUUACACAUAUUUGUAUAACUGCUAUACCACUGAACUGCAUUUAUUUUACAACAGUGUAGAAUUCUUGACAAGUUAACAUAGAACAUAUCCAGAAAGCAGUAUUUGU